AUGUCUGCUCAAGCCGACGCCGACGCCUCCCCUUUCUUUCACGCUGUUAACGCCACCCGCUUGAGAAACAAAGUCAAUGGAGUCAAAGUCACCAGCGAAAGCAAACAUGCUUUCAUCUUUCGCGUCUCCUUACCCGGUGUCUGUAAACCUCAGUGCAAUGUAAAGCUGGAUAUCCGUAAUGACGGGCGGGUCGAAAUCGAAGGAGUUAUCCAAGAAAGCGAAUUUAUCAACAAACAUUCCAACAACAAAUACAAACCAAAACUCCAACAACUACCACCUUCCGGAAACUUCAACAUUAUAUUUAACCUACCUGGACGCGUUGACCCACGGUUGACCGUUCCAUCCUUCCGGAACACCGGAAUACUCGAAGUGGUUGUCAUGAAACAUAUCACACCCAACUACUCCGGUACCCCUGUCACCCCUAUUCCCCUUUAGUUUGUCCAUUUUACUUUCGUGGGUUCAAAAAAAGUGUUAUUAAAGAGCCCGAUUUAUUAAAUGAUUAUGUGUAACUUUUGUUAUGUUGCGAUGUUUUUAUUUAGAAAUCUCGUAAAAGUUUACAAAUCAAGAAACGGAAACAUUACAAGUUUUAUGACAUUUAUCAGUUUUUUGUUUUCGUAGGGUAGGAAGCCAUCAUGUAGAGCCCACACAUCCCUUCGGACUUCCCGGUUUUUCUCUUCAUUCUUAUGUAUCCUUUUUCACCCCAUUUUGGUCCCCAUGAGUUUCUCACUAUCACGUAAUCCAGUCCCUUGGUUGUCCCGUAUCCAACGGCUGCUACUCCGUGAUCCAAUUCGGUCCCACAAUGCCCAUCAAACACACCCUACACAACAUUUUAAUUUAUUAAGUCAUUCUAUUCAGAUUAAGUAAAAAAGAAACAA